AUGACCGAGGGCAGCAAAUGCACCAGCGGCGGCGCUCCGGGACAACCUUACUACAUGACCCAUCAGUUCCCGCCAGGGUCUUCGGCCACCCUGCCAAACAGAGGCCGUCCACCCACCGGGUCCAUACCCGCUAGGGCGUAUUCGCCGGCCGUGCCGCCCGUGGUGGCCAACAAAUCGUCAGGGUACAUGUCAUCGCCGGAGAGGGCUAGUUCUAGGACCGGAGGGUACACGGCCGCACCGUACAUGUCUCCGGGGGGUUCGUCGUUCGACGAAAACUCUUAUUAUGGCUAUGGACCCAGGACAGGGUCCAUCACACCCGUGAUCGACGAAGAGACCAGCGACAACGAGCUCAUGGAAGACCCGUUUACCAUGUACGCCGCGAAACCGUCGUCGAUAUCCAAAAGACCGACGUACGGCAACCCGCCGACCGUCCCCUACGACGCCACAAGGAUACGAGUGGAAAACAUGGAGAGACAGAUCGCUAACCUAACGGGAUUAGUUCAGAAAGCUUUGACACACGCACCGGUCGUGGCACAACCGUUCAGAAAUGCUAGUGAUGAGUUCGAUAAAGUCUCCGGCGGAAGCACCACGUCUCUAGCAGAGGAACCAUACAAGCGGUCUGACACUAAACCUCCCAAACUCGGACGAGACAAAUCGGUUUCGUUUGAGAAAUCUGUAUCGUUCAGCGACGAGCCACCGGACAUGAACUCGCCGAAACAACAUUCGCCACAGAGUUCAGCGGACACGAAACCUGCGAAACCGGCAAUUAAAUCGUCUACAUUACCUAGAACAGCGUCUCAAGAAAAAGACAGAUUCAAACCUCAUCCUCCGCCCAAGCCGUCCGCCAUACCCGGACAAUACGACGACAGACACUUGUACAGCGAUUUACAGCUGACGCCGGAAAUGUACAACCAACUGAGAGUUCUGCAGAAAAAGGCAAAAGACUUGCGGCAAGAAGCCCGAAACCUGAGGAGAAUGUCUCAGGCGCAGGCCCACUCCAUUCGCGAGACCAUCAAAGACACGUUCAUAAAAAUAAGAACGUUGAUCGCUUCCGGCGCCGACCAGGCGUGGAGCGAAUCCGGAUCGAAGGAAAGGGCACACGUGGACCGGGAAGAGGACAUAUACAGACAGGAGAUUAUCAGGCUGGAAACGGACUUGACGGAGCUCGAGAGCACGGUGGAAGAACUACGGGGAAACGUCAUUAACAAGAAGUCCAGGGUAAACAUGUCGGACGUGGAAAACAUGGCGCUUGUGCUCAGCAAAUCCAGUAAAACGGUUGCCGAAUUGAAAUUGAGGUUCCCGAGUUUACAAGAGUCGAUUCGUACGGUAUUGACGAAGGAAAUGGACAGAGCGGUUACCGAGGAAAAGUUUCUCAAAGAAGAGCCCGAUCGUCUAGAAAGCGCCCUCAAACGGUGUAAAAAAUUAACCGGAACGCUUGUAACACUCAAGAGGCUCGCUUCCGUUCAGGAACAACGUCUGCCCGACGCCAGACUGUCGCCCACCAACGAAGACAACACUCCGCCGAUCACGCCCACAUCGUCCGCCAAGGGUAGUGUCGCUGGACAGGGGAGUGUCGUGGAGCAGACCGGAACAGGAACCGACGACGGCAGCGGUAGUGCUGGAAAGUGCGAGCCAACCGGUGCGGAGAACGCACUCGACACUCUGCUAGACGAACUGCAGACUAUCCCGGCGGCGGUGUCCGUGGCGACGGCGGUGGCGGCGGACACGUCUUCGGAGGCAGGGGGCAAGCCGCCCGUGCCCGAACGGACGCCCGACCUGCAGAACAAGCGUAUGCCCCCGCCGCCGCCCCCGCGGACCAGUUCCAAGUCACCGGUGGCGUCGCCGACCACGGCGGGCAGCGCGGUGGGUGGCCCCACGUCGUCGCCCAGGGGCUCGGUGUCGUCAUCGUCGGCCGGCGGCAGCCCGCCAAGCCGGAAGGGGUCGCUGACCACCGUGGCGCUCAGCGGCUGCGGCAAACCGCCCAUGCCCGAACCGCCGGCCGCGGCCACCGCGCAGCAACCGCCGCCGUCGCCGGCCGCGCCGACGACCACCAGACAGGAACAGUUGGAGCAGCGGCACCAGGAACUGUUGAAGAAGCAGAAAGCGCUGCAGGAACAGUACACGCGGCUGCAGCAGUUGCAACGGUCGCAGCCGCCGCCCGACCUGCUCCAGCUCAAGAAGACGGGCAGCGAGGGCAACCUGCUGUUGAAGAUGGGUCUGUCCAUGAGCGCGGCCGCCCCCAUAUCGGGUUCGCUCACCCAGCUGGCCGCAGCCGUGGCCACCAACCCCACCAGCACCACUGCCACCGCGGCCGACGACGAAAAGCAACGGCCGACCGCAAACAACAAGGCCACUGCCGCGACGACGACGACGACGACCGUCAGCAAGGUGUACGAGACGGACAUCAUAUGA